AUGUGGAAGCGGAGCCACCAACAGAGAGGGGGAUGGGAAGGCUCUCAAAGGCCAAUUUGUGAUGGGCCAUUGAUCACCUUGGACUGGGUCACUUCACCGUUAUCACAAAACAAACAGGAUGCUCAGAGGCCUGUUAUGGCAGCCCUCAGGGGAGGCUGGGGGAGGAGCCGCGCCGGGCCGGGGUUUUCCGGGGGCGGUCCCCGGCGUAGGCGCAUUCCAGAGCCCCGGCCGCCGCGCGUCCCGGCCGCUCCUGCGCGCUCCCGCCUCGCGGGCUCGGGGAGCCGGGGCGCGUCCGGGCGCGGGCUGGGGCUCCGCUUCCAGGCCUGGGGGCGCUUCCGCCUGCCCGAUCCAGCGCGGUCCUGGGGACCCCGAGGAGCGCCGAGCCGUCCCUGCCCCGGGAACUUCCCGCAGACCCGCCGCGAGGUUCACAGGCAGCUGUGCGGAUCCCGGGUGAGUGGGGCCAUCGGGCGUCGUUCGUGGGGCGCUUCGGGAUCGCGACCUAACUCUAGAGCGGCCCCUGCCCCAGAGGGCGCCCCACCCUCGCUGUAUGCCCUCUCCUCCCUCACUGUCCCCUUCAUCACUUUCGCAUUUCUUCGCCUCACGCCCCCUUCCCUCGUGUCCCGCGGUCAGCCCCUAAGUUCCAGCCCCUUUCCGUGCACAUCGCUGGGCCUCUGGGGUGAGCCCCCUCGGAGACGGGCUUCCCUCCGGGCUCCCGGCCCCUGCCUUCUCGGGAAGCGGCCCUGCUCGAGCAGACUGCCCCCUUUUGGCUCGCCAGGCCCGGCGGCAGUCGGGGUCGGCCCGCGCCUGAGGACCCGCCUGGGCGCUGCGCUGGGUUUGGGUCCCUGCACCACCCAGGACGGCGGAUCGUCUGCCCCGCUCUUCUCCCAGCCCCGCGCGGAAGGCGCCAGGAGUUCGGAGUUGCGGCGCUGGUGCCGUCUCUAGCUGCUUCGCCUUCCUGUCUCCCAGCCUCGUUUCUCCAUCUGCGAAAUGGGGCAAACAUCUUUUGUCUACAGAAAGCAAAAGAGAAAGGUGUGCAAAGUAUCUUGGAGAGAAGCCUUUCCCUCCUCCUCCUCCUCCUCCUCCUCCGCGCCUUUGCUUAGGACUCAGGUGUUCCACUUGCUGGUUCUUGUGUCCCCUACUCUUGUCCCGCCAAUGUCUUGAGGGUGGGAACUUCCUGUCUACCCUCAUUUCCGAGGCAUCCUCAGCACGUGGCAAAGGGCCUUGCAAAUAGUAAGUGCUCCAUACAUGUGCACUGAGUGAAAGAAUGAAAAGUGUAAGCCGUAAACAUUUGCACAAGCCUCAGGGGUUCUUCUGAUUGAGGGCCAGGCUGGGUCCACUUGUUUCUGCCAGACUAGCAUUGACCUUGCUGCGCCUGCGGGCUGGUUCUCCCCCUUGCCUGUAGAUAGUGACCACUGAACUCCCCGACCCCAGGCGGCAGGGGAGGGGCUGCUCAGUCAUCCCAGUAGCAGAGAUUCCGCGAACAUCUGCUGUGAUCUGCCCUACCACUGCAGUGGGCAAAUAGUCUGGAAGGAUUGGGAAUGCCUGAAUCGGGGUGGGGAUGGGAGCCGGAGGAACAGUCCUCUGGAAGCCAGGAGACCCUCCGAGUUACCCGGCUGGGGCAUUUCCCCCUUCUGCACGUGGCCUCCCUCCCCCAUCUGUGAAGUGGAGCCGGAGGUGGAAUAGAUACGCGUUUGUGGCCGAGCAUGGCGUGCUUUUUGGGUUAUGCGGGCCACACGGCAGCCCUCUGGACACACGCGGACAGCCCAGCUGAGCUUUAGGACACCACAUCUGCAGUGACAGCUGAAAAAGCCAAGAAGUGUUUCCUCAUUUUAGCAGGGACCUCCCAUCUCCAGCUGUCCUGGGGUUAUGAGUCAUGCUUGGGGGUUACAAGUCAUGCUGCAUGAAAUCUCCCACACGCCGACCUCUCAGGACCUCAGAAUUGUGGCUCCACUGCACAGGGGUCUGGGGAGUCCUCUUUCUGUCACAGCCAGAGAACCGCUGAGCCGUGGUGAGGUGCUGCUAUAGACGCAAAACAAAUUAGAGAGUGCCAGGGCCUGUGGUUGGCCUAGAUACUGGGCUUUUUGGGGUGACAGACCAAGGGGUAAAGGGCAGUCACAACCUCGGACGCUUUCCCAGCCAUAUGCUGAUCCUUUUUCUUUUUUUAAAGAACGUGCUUCUGUUUCUUCUCUGUGGAUUAAAACAUACGAAGGAAGGAAAUGCCUCCAAGGAAAGAGAAUCCUUGUAUUGGUUAGUUUUACGCUGCCAGUGUUGGCAGCGGCAUGGCAAAUAGACACAUGUAUUCACACUCACAGU